CGCCGGGAACGGGCGCGGCGGGACGGAGCGGCCGCCGUGGCCGGCAGUGUCUGGAGCCCGGCGGGAAGCAGGAGGAAGAAGAAGAAGAAGGAGGAGACGGGGGUUCACCCCGCUAAAAGCCCGCCGGGAUGGAUAAGUACGACGAUCUGGGUCUGGAAGCCAGCAAGUUCAUCGAAGACCUUAACCUUUACGAAGCUUCCAAGGACGGUCUUUUUCGGGUGGACAAAGGUGCCGGUAACAAUCCCGAGUUUGAAGAGACCAGGCGGGUCUUUGCCACUAAAAUGGCCAAGAUUCAUCUGCAGCAACAGCAGCAGCAAGAAGAGAUGCUGAUGGCCGCCCUGAAUGGAGGGGCCGCUUUCGGCUCCCCCCGGCCCGGCCCGGUGGGGCCGCGGGGUGCCAAACCGCCCCCGGCCGCCGGCGCCGAGGGGCCGCGCGCGAGGCCGCACGAGGGAGGGGAGCGCGGCUGCGGCGGGAGCGGGGCGCGAGCCGAGGCCCCGGGCAGCCAGGCCGGGCGCCGCGGCCGGGAAGCGGAGCCGGACAGGACCCCCAGAGCGGGCGCGGGGCACGGGGAGCAGCGGGCCGGCAGCCCCGGCGAGCCUCAGCCCUGCCGCGGCGGGCAGGAGAACGGCGGCGGGGGCCGAGACGCCAUGGCAGCCGGGCAGAGGUCCUCCUCCUUCUCACACGCCCGGACCCCCCCGGCGCCCUCGGCGGGGACAGAGGACGGGGCUCCGGGGGCCCUGCCGCAGCACAGAUCCUCCUCCUUCUCGGCCCCUUCGGCGCAGCCCCCGCGGGGCUUUUCGGGCCCCGCCGAGCCCUGCGGUCCCAGGGCCGGAGGGGACGGCAGCCAGCCGUGGUACCAGAACAUCCCGCUGAACUUCUCCCCCGGCAACGCCUCCGCUGCCCCCGGCGCGGACUACCAGCACGUCCCUGCCUACCCCAGCGCGGCCGGGCACUUCGUGGCCCACGGUCAGAACCACCGGCCCAACGGCAGCGGCGCGGGCCAGGAGCCGGGCUCCUCGCGGCUGGCCUCGCGUGGGCUGGCGGCUUCAGAGGCUCCGCAGCCGCUGCUCCCCGAGAGCGCAAGCGGGCCGCGGGUCGAUGCCGGGCACCCGGAAGGCUCCAGCACGGCCAAGGUGAAGCUGCCCUGCCAGACCCUCCAUCCGCAGCCGGAGCAAGGGCCGUCGGCUGCUGAGCUGAAGCUGGAGGCACUCACCCAGCGCCUGGAGCAGGAGUUGGAUGCUCGGCCCAAGGCAGAUUACUUCGGCACCUGUGUGAAGUGCAGCAAGGGGGUGUACGGAGCAAACCAGGCUUGCCAGGCCAUGGGCAACCUCUACCAUGACGGCUGCUUCACCUGUGGAGCCUGCAGUCGAAAGCUGAGAGGAAAAGCCUUUUAUUUUGUCAAUGGCAAGGUGUUCUGUGAAGAAGAUUUCCUGUAUUCUGGUUUCCAGCAGUCAGCUGACAGGUGUUUCAUUUGUGGUCAUUUGAUAAUGGACAUGAUCCUGCAGGCUCUAGGGAAAUCGUAUCAUCCAGGCUGCUUCCGAUGUGUGGUCUGCAAUGAGUGUCUGGAUGGUGUGCCGUUCACUGUAGACUCUGAAAACAAAAUCUACUGUGUCAGAGACUACCACAAGGUUUUAGCUCCAAAGUGUGCAGCGUGUGGACUUCCCAUCCUGCCCUCUGAGGGGUCUGAUGAGACCAUUCGAGUUGUAUCCAUGGACAAGGAUUACCACGUGGAAUGUUACCACUGUGAGGACUGUGGGAUGGAACUGAACGAUGAAGACGGACAUCGCUGCUACCCACUAGAUGAACAUUUGCUUUGUCACUCCUGUCAUCUGAAACACAUAGAGAAUGGCACAAGCCCGGCAGCUGCGUACCAGCACCACUACUAGCCAGCCUGGCUGACACCAGAGAGCUGGGACAGAAGGCUUGAUACUCCCCCUCCCCACCCUCAGCUGAUUUCCUGUGCAUGUGUUUCGCCGGUUGGCAAUGUUCCUGUAAGAGGAUAUGAGAGAUUCUUGGUGGAUUCCCAGAGUUUGUAUGCUUGUGAGUUCCAGCUGUAUCAAACCAAGUCCUCUUGACCAAGAAUGUGGCAUGUUAUCUAAACUGAUCAGUUUACUUUUAUGUGCCUUUUUCUGCUGUCUGGAGAUUCCUCUUGGCUCGUUUUUGGAAGAUUCUUCAGCGAAAGCACAAUUUGCUGUCGUGCCUAUGAACUCAGUCGUGCCAUGCACAACUCAAAAGUCAGAGGCUGGCUUGCCUGCCUACUGGGGACAUCCCAUCAGUCUACAGACUGUUUCCUGACAAGCACAUUUCUUCAGAUUCCCUGAAGGACAUCAACCUAAUCAUAUCAGAUUUUCCAUACACUCUCUCUUUUUAUUAACUCUUUAGGAAAAGAAAACAGAAAAGGGUGUGUGCAAAAUGACACACUCAGACCUUCCAGUUAAUUCCCUGAACUCCGAUAUCAAGUCUGGCUGUAAAAGCAGCCACCCUCCGAGCACAAAGCAGACGUGCUGGCUGGCAGCUGGAGGCUGACAUCCCAUUUCAAACAGAACAAAAACCAAACAAGCUGGGCUAAGGCUGCCACGAUGACUUGGAGCCCGGGCUUGCAUGUCAGCGUGAUACACAGGGGCCAGUCUGCUGUGUCAGAGCAGAUUCUGUUUGGAAAGGAAAGGUCAGGACGCUGAAAGUGUGGCCAGGGAGGAAAUCCAUCCUCAUUCUUGCUUGCAGAUCUCUCUGGAAAAAAAUGCUCUCUGUACACAGACACUUGCCUGAGUUUCCAGUUUGUCUCCAGAGCUCAGCCCCCAGCCUGGCCGCUCCUUUCCGUGGUGUUUACCCAGCACAAAGCCAUUUCAUAAUGGUGCUUAUUUAGAGCUCUGGGAACAAACUCGAGAUUGUUUUGAAGGGUUUGUUACACGGGGAUUUAGAGCCCAGCUCCACAGACUUGUACUCAGAGGAGUAUGUCGGUGUAAACAGAUUUGCUCCCGUGAAUAACAACAGCUUAUCUGAGCGAAGGGUUAGGGAGUUUGACCCUUACUUUCUGUUCUGCUGAGAAAGCAGAAAGGCAAAUUGUUUCUCUUUUUGACAUCCACCCUGUCUUAUAGACAAUGAAAUCUGCUCCCUCAGGAUGUGUUACAUAGGUAGUAGGUGUGCCUGCAGUGCAUUCUUCUGUAGGUACCUUCUGCAGCCCCUUGUGUACAUCAGGUACAGGUACAGAGUUUUUAAGAGAAAGCUCUUAGUUUAAAGCCUCAGAUGCAGUGGGGCACCUUAGCUACUCUUUCCAACAUACUGCAUGGAAAACUAGUUAAAUCCUCCUGUGUCUGUGCUAAAGAUGUGAAUUUGGUUCUGAUGGGAUGGCAUUCUUGAGGAUCUUCAAGUAAGGAACCUGCAGUAAAUUAGCUGAGCAGCGGCACUGGGACUCCCAAAAUGAGCCUGUGUGAGAACCCACUGUGGUUCAACCAAACCUCUUUUCCAGCAGCAUGGAUGUAGCUAGAUAGGUGCUUAAACCUCCCACCAUGUUUCAUCAGGCCUUCUGCCCCAACCACCCGUCAGCACCUCCACUGUUGCUGCUGCCACUCUUCGGGAUGGGGAUGGCAGCACAUGGCUGGAGGUCAGCCCUGCGCUGGAAACCAUCCAGAGCUCCAGCUUUGGUGUAGCUUGGCUCAGCAGUGCUGUUUCUCCUUGGGACAUGCAGCCCCUCAGUGAGUGACUGAAUGCUCAAGGGGGGUGGAACUUUCGUGGCUCUGGGGCAUGUGUAUCUUCAGAGAGGUUUACUUGUGAUCUUUAGAGGAGGUAAAAUGGAGCUCAAAGAUGUGAGCUCCCUAGAGACUUAAAUUUAGUCUCCAAAUGCUGGGUAGCAAUGGGAUGGGAGCCAACACAAAAAAGAACAGGUGCUGCACCCAGGCAGGGAGGGUUAAGGCAUGGAAGCAGCCAGGGCAGACGCCGCAGUGCUCGCACACUGGUGUGUCGCAUCAGCUUGUGUCCUGCAGCACAGGAUAGGGUUCAAUAUGUGACUGUGAUCCUAGGACUGUCUGGGAAGUAAUGACAGCUGAUGUCUCUGGUAAAUAAUUCAGAUAGUCCUGGGCAGAGGGUCCACCUCCCCGAGCUUCCUUUGACAAUGAGGGCAGGGGGACAUCAAAACGGCUUCUGAAAGCGAGCCAGAACAUCUGUUGCUCUGUCACUGAAAGACCAGCUACUGUGUGACUCAUGCUUCUGCUAGCUCUUGAAUUUUUAGAGCAACCCCUCACACACAUCUUCUGGCCCUUGUUUUGGAAAGAUCUGAAAACACUAGUGGGUUAAAGCUGUGGUUUAAACCACUGUCUCACUCUUGCAGCCUUCCCUACAAGCCUAAAAUAAGCAGGAAAGAAGGGCAGGGGGGAGAAGGAAAGUUUUCCUUCAUGGAAAGCUUUGAGCAGCCUGUUUGUGGUGAGCUGUCUCUCAGGAGCCUCCUUUGCAUCACUGGAAAGUUUGGCCUCUGCUCCCACACAGUGUCUUGUUACUCCUGUCAGCCACCCUAUAUCCUUCAGCGCUGGGGAAAUGAAGGCUGCCCUACUUUCAGUUUUGAGGUCCCACAUAAAUUAUUAAGUGCUAACGCUCUCCUGUAUUUAGGAAGAGCUAAAAACAACAAUGUGAAGCUUUGGUAAAUGGGAGCAUGUGAGUUUAUGGUUUGGCAGCUGAAGCACCUACUGCGUGUCCCUGCUCCCCUCUGUGCUAACUUUACACCCCUUUCAUCUUUCUGAGUUUGAAUUCCUUUAGGCUCAUUGUUAUUUCUCCUAGGCUGUGAGUGUCUGAAUCCCAGUUGUUUGUCACCAGCUCCUUCCCAGCUCUGCAGCUGCCUGACAAUGGGGCUGGGCUUUGCUUCCCCUCCUGACCUCCCAGCAGGUAUCUGUGGGGCUGCCUUUGCAUCCUCUGCAGAAGAGUUUCAGGAAACGUGCUCACUUCUGCCUCCCUACUGGCUGAUACACAUCGGGUUUUGCUGUUCAUGUGAACCUUGUUGUCUUCUUAUUUAUCAAGACGCUGAAAUGUGCUGUGAGAACUUACUCUCAGUUCCUCCCUCAGCACGCUCUUCUGAGUGGUUGUAGGGGGAAGGGACCCUUGGAAGUCUCAUUGUGCUGAUAAUGAGUAACUGUCAUGCAAAUAGUUAUUCAAGUGAAUUCGCUGAAACUUGCUCUCAGGAACCAGAGCUUAAUAGAUGUUUUUGUUCAGAUCAUGCUGUUAAAUUUCCAUUGUUGAGAAUACAGAAACUCAUUUAAAUACAGAUCUUUGCAUAAAGCCCAGGAAAAGCCCCAGCUAUGAAAGAAGCAGCCGUUUUUUGUGUAAAGUGUUAAGAAACAUCUGUUAUCAAAGUGAUUUAGGAAACUGCCCUGAUGUUAAACACGGGGAACAGCAGUUUCAGACACCCUGGUGAGGAGCAUUUGAUGAGCUCCACGGCUCUUUGGUUUCUGAAUUUCAUUUGGGAGGCUUUUAAAAUGUUUUCCCAGCAUUUCAGGAUUUAAAUGAUUUUCUCUUUUGUAGAUCUUUUUAGUACAAAGGGAACUGAUCUGGAAAUGGUCGAGUUUCAAAUCAGCAUCCUGUGCCUUGAAAAGGGGAAUAUGGGCUUAUAAAGAGCUGUUAAGAAUGGGUUGUCUUUGAAAAGGGUUUAUCUUCCUGUGUUUUCUCCUUGUGCUGAUUUUUAGCACUGGGCAAAUAUUUGGCAUCCCUGAAUUUCAGUAUUUAGGUCUCUUCAUAAGCUCUGCUGUGACCUUCAGCCUUGUGUCCCAUGACUUCCCAGCCUCGGGGAGGAUCUCAGACACAGGCUUCCUGAUGAAUUGAGUCCCUGUUUUACACUUCCCUGCAAAUGUUACCACUCUGUUAUUUCAGCAACAGCAAAACCAGGUCCAUGCUUAAAGGAAAAUUGGCACGUGCUCUGUAUCUUUACUUGAACACUUUGAUCUGGUCCUCCAGAUUACCUGAUUAUCAGCCUGCUGCUGGUCAUGGCAGCUUGGUACUCGCCUGCUGUUGCUAUGAAAAUCACAUGAAGGACUCUGUCUGCGUUGAACCUCAAGUGCACAGGCAGUCCCACUUAAACCAGUAAGGUUGGCCCACGUACCUGAAAAUGGAUUUGUGAUUUGUCAGUGAUAGAUCAAGGGCUGAAUGAUUUUAUUACAGACGAGACAUACCCGAGGAUGAUUCUGUGGCAUUGUGCAAGUUGCCUUGAAAUGAUCACCGAAAUGGACUGCCACCCGUUUUGUUCAGUAAACAACAUGUGCUGGAGCAGGGGGAGUGCAGGGAGUAAGGAUGUGGCUUAAAGAACACAGUAGCUGUAGGGAAAAGAGGGCAGGUGGUUACAGAGAGCAGGGGGGAAGGCGGCAUGGAGGGGGUUUGCUUUUGUUUAUAUCGUAUUCAUGGACAUAUAUUAGAGGGGGUUUUGAGGGGAAGUGCACUGCUGUAUGCACUGCUGUACGCUGGUCUGGACUGUGUUUCUCCCACCUCAGCUUCAUGCUGUGUGUUCACUUCUGAGGUGGUGUGUUCUGUUGUGUCUCUGCACACGGCCAUGCAGCAUGUGCUGCCUGCAAGAGACCUGCCUUUCACACCUCUGCACCCAUGCCAAGCGUUCCCAGAUGCAUUCUGAGAACCUUGCUGGGUGGGAAUGCAAGGACAAGCUGGCCCAGGCUUCAUCACUGGGGGGACAUCUCUGGAGUUGAUGCCUGCGUGCAGGGAAGGGCUAUGGCCAGAUAUACAUCCCUUUUCCCCCAGUCUUCUCAGAGUGAGUGCCUGCAUCACUGGGGGAAGCUGGGAGGGGGGUUGCCACUCUCCUCACACAGCAUUUGUGUGUAAAUUUCUCCUUUCUCUUUCUGUGUCCAGCUGCUCACUGGCUGCAGUGGCACUGGGUGUGCUUACCAGAGCCAACUGGGCAGACAUUUCCUGCUGUGAGCCCAGAGAGAGCGUGGAGCUGCUCACCCACCCUUUUCCCUAAGGAAGAAGCAAAAUGAAGCUGUUCUGAGCAAUAAAAAUCCUCACCCUGCUUUCUUCCAGGGCAGCUCACAUGGCAAUAUGCAUCAGCAGCCAAGAUAAGGGACAGGAAAAAACUGUCCCCACAUGAACAUAGGUGCCACAGAGCCCCGUGGCGGGGAUGCCCAGGUAGAGGAUGUGCCUGGGCUGCAGUCUUCAGCCCAGCUGGCACCAGCCCUGGUCCCCCACGCAGCAGGUCUGCGGUGCAGGGCCAGGCACACGGGGACCUGGGCGCGCACGUGGGCUGUGGCUUUCAGAAAGCAAAUCCAGAGCCUGGCUACCAAUACUCAACGGUACUAAUGACUGGGGUUUUUUUAACGUUUCCUUCAAAGCUCAACUCCAGGAGAGAGUAUUUUAGGAUUUGUACUGGUGUAACUAACCUUAGCCACCUGUGAACAGGGCCCUCUUUCCUUCUGUGCUGGUAAAUAUUUAUAAGGAGUGAAGGGCGGCAGCAGGGGCAAAGCCGCCGGCCUUUUGUGAUUUCAGUGAUUAAAGACAAUAUCGUAAAGCAA